AUGGUUUUAUUAUUACUGCUGGUCACAUCGUGCAUCUUACUAAUGUAUUACUAUUGGACAAGACUUAAUACCUACUGGUUAAGAAGAAACGUUCCUUGUCCUAAAUUUUCGUUUUUCAAGAAUAAUCGAAAUGCAUCAUUACUAAAGAUUACAAUCGGUGAAAAUCUUCAGACGAUAUACAGAAAAUACAAAGGAUAUCCGUUCGUCGGUAUAUACGAACUCGCAACACCGGUUCUUCUGUUGAGAGAUCCAAAAUUAAUUAAAUGUGUCCUCGUGAAAGAUUUUUCUUGCUUUCAGAGUCGUGGCAUAGUGAUAAAUGAACACGUUGAUCCGCUUAGCGCGCAUUUAAUUAGUCUCAACGGACAAAGGUGGCGAAAAUUACGCACGAAGCUCACAUCAGCCUUUACAACCAAUAAAAUUCGACACGUAUUUGAAUUGAUCAACGAAGUAUCAGAAAAAUUUAAGCAAUUUGUAGCUCAAUACGCAAACAAUGAAGAACCCGUUGAAAUGCGAAAUCUUACUGCCAAGUUUACCAGCGAGAUCAUUGCAACCUGUUUCUUCGGACUCAAAAUUAAUGCGAUACAAAAUCGUGAUUCCGAAUUUCAAAAAAUGUGUAAGAAGGUCGUGGAUCCGUCAUUAGAGAUGGCAAUGAAGAGAUAUAUACGCGAUUACAUGCCCGGAAUAUUCAAAUGGUUUUCGAUCUGCUUAAUACCUCGGGAUGUUACCGCCUACUUCACGAAGAUAGUGAAAGAAAUAAUUACACACAGGCAAUUGAAUAAUGUAACACGAAAUGAUAUUAUGCAAACUUUGAUAGACUUAAAAUAUAAGGAAACAAAGGUGGAAGAUGCGCUAGCCCAAAACGAGGCAUCCGAAUCUAAUGAUAUAGUCAUCGAUGACAAGGUCAUCGCAGCCCAGGCUUUUAUAUUUUUUCUAGCUGGCUUUGAUACCACAUCAUUGACUAUGUCCUUCGCUCUGUAUGAGUUGGCUGCUAAUCCUAAAAUUCAAGAAAAGUUGUACGACGAAAUCCGAGCCGCUUACGAAAAGCACGGCUGUCUGUCUUACGAUAGUAUAUCUGAAAUGAAAUAUCUUGAUUGCGUUGUUCGCGAAACACUUAGGAAGUAUCCGCCCGUUGGUGCAACACAAAGAAUCUGCGCAGAAUCGUACAAAAUUCCCGAUUCGGACGUUAUUUUAGAAAAAGGUACAAAAGUUCUCGUACCUAUUUAUGCAAUCCAUCAUGAUCCGCUUUAUUAUAAAAAUCCAAAUGCAUUUGAUCCGAACCGAUUUAUUGACGAGAAUAAGAAGCACGAUAAUGACACAUAUUUACCUUUUGGCAAGGGACCACGAAUCUGUAUUGGAAUGAAGUUUGCUUAUAUCCAAACAAAAAUAGGUAUCGUUACUUUUGUAGCGAAUUAUAAAGUGGAACUAAGUGAGAAGACUACUAUUCCAUUAGAAUUUGAACCGACUACUUUUACGUUGACAAGUAAAUCGGGGAUAUGGUUGAAAAUUUUUCGUCGUUUACAAGAAUAA